AAGGAUCAGAGUUUGAUCCUUUCUUACAGUUCUAUAGAUGUCACGCAUGUCUAAAGGCACGCGCCUUGGAUACGUCCGUUUCUUUAUUGUUCUGAACAGCCAAUCAGAACGCGGGGUGCAAACGCGUGCCAUUCUCCCACUAUAAGUACUGGUCGCGUGUCAGCUGAAAACUCACAACUUAUUUCGCUCCGCUCGAGCCACUACUGUACUUCAAACACAGCUACUGCCUACUUCAGUCCAAACCAAGAUGGUGAAUGAAGGAAAAUCUCUUGCCGAAGCCCUGCUGUCUGCCAAGGCGGAGGGUCGCCUCACUGUUGGGGUCUAUGAAUGCGCAAAAAUAAUGAACGAGGACCCAGACAGCGUGUCUUUCUGCCUUUUGGCCACUGAUGACUUUGAGUGCGACAUCGCUCUCCAGAUCCAUUUUACUCUCAUCCAAGCGUUUUGCUUUGACAACGACAUCAGCAUCGUCAGAGUAAACGACUUGAAACGUCUCAACACUCUUGUUGGUGUCAAGGGUCAACUUGAGGACGCUCACUGUGUCCUUAUAACGAACCCAGCUGAGGACUCAUGGGAGGAUCCAGCUCUGGAGAAGCUUCACCUGUUUUGUGAAGAAAGUCGCAGCUAUAACGAGUGGGUUCCUGAGAUCACUCUGCCCGAGCGUUGAUCUGGAGCUUUACUCUUCUCUGUUGAGAUGCUGUAAACCUUGAGGAAUACUCGACUCAUCCUUCGAAGCAAGGAUGCUGAUGUUUCCACAUCCCUGGAUGCUCCUGAGGAGGCUGAACCGUCCAGGCAGCGCGAGGCAGGCCCGAGUGGCCCUCGCGGUUCUACGUCGUUCCUCGUCCCGUCCAUGCCAAGAUGAUCCUCAUUCUUUAUGUGAACGAGGUCAGGCAUGCCACGAGAGCGACACAAUGGCCCUCAUUCUUUGUGCGGAUGAGGUUUGGAGAGGAAGGAGAAGCGAGUUUUGCCUCUGUUCCACAGAGCAAAUAUCGCAUGCGUUGGACACGCAGAGGACGCGGCGGUGCGUCAAAGCAACGUUUUUAAAAAUGGACUUUAACAUCUCGGACGUUUUUAAAAAUGGAA